GUUUCGUUUCGGUAAAUUAUUAUGAAAAUUGCAUUUACUUCACGCGUGCAUGUUUUUAAUUUAUUUUCUUCCGUCGUCCUACGUCAUCCUAAACAAUUAAAACCAAGCCUCUUCCCCAACUUGCUUUAGAGACCCUCGCUGCCUUGCACGUAUAUUCUAAAGAUUUCCAAUAACAUAUCUUUGUUGUUCUCGGUGUUAUCUCUAUAGAAACAGCGCUAUACAAAAACUUGAAACAUGUGCUCUGUCGCCACUCAACGGGACAAUUCAAUCAAUAACAAACACGUGAUCUGACUUAAGGAAUAAUUUUUUUUUACCCCGGUCACUUCGACACAUUCGCGGACGGUAAAUUACAGACGGGAAAAAAAUUUUUCCCACAUCUUUUCGAUCAGAUCUGUCCGAAAUUUCGCUUAAAGGGAAAGCACUAUUCGGUAAAAUGGAGUCUGCAGUAUUUUGUAACAGGUUGUUACUUUUGGCUUUUGGUUGCAUGUUAAAUCAACACGUGCAUGCGAGCAUCUGUGGAAGUGAGUAUUUGAUUAGAUUCAUUUGCAAUGUUAAAAUAAAAAUUUAGCGUUUCGAAGUAUUAAUAUAUAUAUUAUAUCUAUAUAUAAAAAGUUAAUAAUCCCCGAUAGUCUUUGAAACUGUUAGGUUAAGUUUAUUCUUUUUUUUUUUUUAGAAACGAAGCUUUAAAAAGAAAGACUUGCAAAAGUUAUUAAGAUGCUAAUAAAUGUUGUUUUUUUUUCGACUUUUUUUCAGAGUUUUCAAUAGGAGGCCCGUGCAUGCUUCUUCCUGACUACACCACUACGACCACGACACUUUCACCAUCCUCAUCUGAUAACUCGUAUUGUCAGCUGGGUGAGUGGCAAAUACCCAGUUUUCUUUUCUUUCUUUUUUUGUACCCCACAGCGCUCUCUUUGCAAAGCCAAGUGACCGGUGUACGUCGCUACUGUGGUGAAGAAAUUUAGAGCUGACAGCUGUUGCGAUAUGGCAGCACAGAAGAGUUUUGUGAGGGCGAGUAGAGAGUAUCUACAUUUUAAUUAAAAUUCGUUACAAAAACAAAGCAAAAAAAUUAAUACAGGACUAAAACUAUCAAUUGUCCAAAACCGAUUAACAGAUCAAAAAUGAAUUUUAUUUUUAAAAGAAAGAUAAGACACUGAACGAAAUUUUACAGCUAUCAUGAGGACAUGUUGCAGUAUGUGAACUUAAAAUUACGACUAUCAAUCAGCUAAGGCUUAGACCUGCGUCUUUGCCUUAGAUGGAAAGAAUUUGUGUCUAUUUUUUGGCAAAAAACAACGCGGAUUUUAUUUUAAUUGCAGCCUGUGGCCAAGACAAUGACGAUAACUUCAGCUCCCUCUGCGCAUGCGCGACCACCACCACAACGGAAAUACCCACGACCACACCAUUCGCAGGUAAGCGUAUCAAUCGGAAGCUGGUGUUUGUCCUCAUUUAUUUGAAACGUCAUCAAGUCCGAUGGUUUUAAAAAUACAAUUUAAUCAUUCCAACCUUUCACACUCCCUUGUGCCCCCCUCCUCUCCUUACAGACGUCUGCUACUACACCAACAACAGAACAGCCAAGCUGUCCACCAUUGUCAAGAGGAUGUACUCUGGCACGGAGGUCGCCACGGAAUGCGAGUACCCCGGAGUUGUGGGACUUUACAAAGAUCCAGAUGGCCCCAAAGAAGCUCUCCAGUGUAUGGGGACUUUGCUGGAAGAGGAUAAAAUACUCAUCGAAGACUUCUGCAUGGAUCUCAUCAAUGCGUAGGUGUAGACAUCGUGUUGUCUAUGGUUACAUCAUAAGUUAAUAACUCUUACACAGGUUGUCACAGCUCAUACAUCCAUCCAUCCCUGUUGCGCUGAAGCCCAUGUAGGGCCUUGGCAUGCCUCAGAACUCCUUUCCACUCAGACCGAACUCAUGCUUUUCUUUUCGAUGCUUGGAUUCUCAGCUUCUGUAGAUCUUUCCCACAUCAUCCAUCCAUCUAAGCCUAGGUUCUUCCUUUGAGCAUUUUUUUUUCUGGGGGUUUUUGGUGAUGCACCCUCUUCGUUCCUCUGUAUUUGGAAGUCUCUAUAAGUGACAUGUCAACACACAGUUCACAUACCAUUAUUUCAAUUUCCUUCAAGCGAUUUUUCUCCAUUCCUGUUUGCUUAGCUUACAGAUAACUGCAUUGUCCAUAAACUUUUCAGAGUCUAGAGAACUUUUAAAUGUGCGUAGAGAUACGUCAUUAUUUGUUAUCUUGACCCCGCCCCGCAAAACCCGAUGUUAUCGUUGUAUAACGCAGUGGUUCUCAACCUUCCUAAAGCCUUCCUAAAUUGUAAGGGUCGUUCGACCCCCCCCCAAGACGCGUCACGGCCCACAGGUUGAGAACCACUGAUCUGACGAAUUCAACACCACGUGACAGAAGCGUUCUGAACAAAAUAAUUUUGAUCAACGCCUCCGUUCUGUCGCGUGACAUUGACCGUGUUUCCCAUUCAGUUGCUCUUCAAUGCCUUGCUUAUCUUCCAGCGACCUGUCGCAGCUCGUGUAUGUCCACGCGCAGUCGUACCACCAAGAAGAUGUGUCCACCAGCUCACCUUACGUCAAUGCAUCCACGGCCACACUCCUGGACCCCAGUACGUAUACGGUUUAUGUCCGCGUUAGUCAAUGUUCAGAGUUCAGAAGUUACAUUUACAUGUGGCAUUCAGGGCCGUAUUAUCCGUGAGGCUGACUGGGCUUGAGGGCCUAGGUGCCCACCAAGUGCAGGGGCCCAUGGAACCUUUUGCCAUGCGACGGCAAUGUCGCGUGAUCGAAAAUUCUACGCUUCCGAGGGUCCCAAGGAAGCUAGGCGCCUUGCCAUGGGUUAAUAUCGCACUGGCAUCAUAUGUCAUAUGCCAUAUGUCAAUGCAACAUGGCACACUAAAUAAAGUAGCCGUGUUUUUUAAUCUAUUCAUGGGUCCGGCAUCGUUUUGUAGAUUUCUUGUGUUGACUUUGUUUUUUGUUAUUUUUUGUUGUUGUUUUUUUUUUUGGGGGGGAGGGAACUUAAAGAUAUUCGCUAAACCUAUGUAUCAGGGGUGGAUAAAUGUGGCUCUUUGAGUUGUACAUGGCUCUUUGAGUUGUACAUGGCUCUUUGGGCCUUAUGUGGCUCUUGGUCCUGUUAAUAGCGGCUCCAUUGCGCCAGACCCAUUUUAUUUCUGCAUUUAAAAAAAUAAAUUUUUCAACUGAAAUAGCUUAAGAAUUAUUUUCUUUAAUAGAGCCAAAUGUUAUUUCGGCCCUGCCUGUUCCAUGUAUUUGUCUCAUGCCGACAAUCAUUCAGAACUUGUAUCUUUAUCUCAUCAUGACAAUCGCUAAAAACUUAUAUCUAAUGUUAAACUAUCAUUAAAUCAAUGUUAAACUAUAAUUAUUUCAUCAAUGUUAAACUAUCAUUCCACCAAUUUUAAACUAUCAUUCCACCAAUGUUAAACUAUCAUUCCAACAAUGUUAAACUAUCAUUCCACCAAUGUUGAGCUAUCAUUCCACUAAGGUUGAACUAUCAUAUCACCAAUGUAAAAACUAUCAUUUCCACCAAUGUUAAACUAUCAUUCCACCAAAGUUAAACUAUCAUUACAUCAAUGUUAAACUAUCAUUUCCACCAAAGUUAAACUAUCAUUACAUCAAUGUUAAACUAUCAUUUCCACCAAAGUUAAACUAUCAUUACAUCAAUGUUAAACUAUCAUUUCCACCAAAGUUAAACUAUCAUUAGAUCAAUGUAAAACUAUCAUUUCCACCAAUUUUAAACUAUCAUUACACCAAUGUUAAACUAUCGUUCCAUCAAUGUUAAACUAUCAUUCCACCAAUGUUAAACUAUCAUUCCACCAAUGUUAAAUUAUCAUUACACCAAUGUUAAACUAUCAUUCCAUCAAUGUUAAAUUAUCAUUACACCAAUGUUAAACCAGCAUUCCAUCAAUGUAAAACUAUCAUUUCCACCAAUGUUAAACUAUCAUUCCAACAAUGUUAAACUAUCAUUCCACCAAUGUAUAUAACGUGAUUCUCUACAGCUGGGGCAAACACGAAACUCUACACCAUUUCCCUAAGCUCGCCCUUGACCUUCAACGACCAAUGUGUCCAGCCAUCUUGUUUCCCCAACGCCCGGGUGUUGGCUUCGGACAUCGACUUGACAGACUGCCGAAUCGUGGGGUACGGUGAAACGACAGAUGGUAAGUGCUGCGUAUGUUACCCAUCACGAGAUGGUUUGUGCGUACGCAUAUAUCUUUGGUAUAUCUUUGGUAGGACAAAUCUUCUGAUGGUCACUGUCCGGCGUAAGUGCGUAUCUGUUAGACCAGUGGUCCCAAAAUGAUGGUCCGUGGACCUUCACCGGUCCGCAUGCCUAACGUUGCUGGUCCCCAUAACAUAAAUAUUUAUUGUCAAAUAGAAAUAAAAGUAUAAAAAUAAAUCAUGCACCGGUCCCUGGUAAAAUUUCAAAACUUUUUCAUCGGUCCGCCAAACUUAAACGUUUGGGAACCACUGUGUUAGACGACAGCGGGCGCUUCUUUCAGUAGAGGGCCAGAAUAACAAAAUUCUUAUUCGAACAGUUUUUUGGUUUUUAUUGUUGAAAAGUAAGUUAGUUAAAUCGGGUACCCUAGAAUUGCACGGGCAGUUAGCCCUGGAGGGGGGGGGGGAGGGGGGCGGGCCAGGCAACAGUUUACAACUCCAUCCAGAAGCUCAGUGGGUCAUCACCACAAGGAAAAACGCGGAAACCAGAUUGGCGAUCAACGGCAGCAGGGUUUGUCAUUUCUACGAUCGGGAAACGUCACAUUGCUUUGCGUAGUGUUAGUAUUUUACCACAAUGUUUUUCGUAAAACACAGCUUGCAACAAUGUAUUGCCGCGUGCUUGUUGGUAAAACCUCAUGUAAAUAAAACUGUAUACACGUUUUCGUCUACGUUUAGACCCACUAUGCCGGCUCACUUUAACGUUGAAGUACCUAACAACUGUUGAGAAAGAGGCCUAAAGGAAUACCGGGAUGUUCUAUUAAUAUCUUUCAUAAUUUAAUGAGAUUGACCAGACUGUAAGCCAGGAUAUAUAUAUAAGAAUGAGCUAGGCUGACCGUAACGCCAAAGAACCGAAAAGAUUUAAAUACGUUCGUAUUCUUAAAAACGAUCAUAGUUAUUUUCUAUUAUUUUACGGAAAUAUAAUAAAUUUAAAUGCGCACAAAAAUAUAAGCCAAUAUAUCUGCUUUUAUUUUAGUAAAAGUUUAAGUAUUAUUAUUAUAAUUAACAAAUACAUUUAAAGUAACAACUAAGGAACAAUCUUAAGCAUUUUAAAUGCGUUUGAAAGUUAUGAAAAACAAAUAUGAUCAAAGAUUUAUACCUAAUCACAUUUAUCGGGAAAACCCAAGCACCAAUUGCUUUUAGUGCGUUUUUAGUGCGUUGUUAAUAUUGCGAAAUAAAAUUAAAAUUAAUUUGUUCUAACUAAACACGCAACCGACGUCAUAGCGCGAAUCGCCUAUGUUAGCCAAAACUCUUAAGUUUCUUUGAUUUAAUAAGAUAAGAUAAGAUUCUUUUAUUGAUCCAAAUAAAUGGAAAUGUUUUUUGAUUGCAUUAUACACUUUCAGCACAAAAAUAAAACAAUUUGAACACAAGACAUUUAUAAUAAAUUAUUUCAAACAGCCAUUCAGUGAGUUCUCUUAGCAAAAUCGGGGACUUAUUAGUUCUCAUGCAGAUGUGUGACUUCAGAGGAAGCACGCCGGUAAAUUCGUACAGAUUGGGGAACAAAAUAAUUUUUAUAUCAGUCAGUCCUCGCCCUGAUGGAAAGAAUUCGUCCCGAACGGCCCGAUCCUAAGUAUCUGUGAUGAAGAGGGUGGGAUGUAUCAUCCAAAAUGUGUUUAGUUUUACAAAAACAUCUUUCUUCAAAUAGUUCUUCAAGUGAAGGAUGUUUAGUUUGUGUUAUGUUCCUAGCUUUCUUGAUUAGUCGGUUUAUGCGGUGUUUAAUGUCAGACGAUGAAUUCCCACACCAGCAGGUAAUAUUGAAAUUAAGCAGGCUUCCAAUUGUUGCACUCUAGAAUAAGUUAACGACUUGCUUGUUUACGCCAAAAUUGUACAGUUUUUUUGAGGUAGAACAGUCUUUGGUUGAAUUUCUUAUACAGGAUUUGGCCGUGCUCAUGCCAUGUUAGCUUAUUAUUAAUGGUGACACAUAAGUACUUGUAUGCCUCCACUUUCUCCACAUUUUGAUUUUUUAUGUUGAGAUCUGUAAUCAGUUGUUUCCCCCCUCCUGAAAUCAACAACCAUUUCUUUUGUUUUUGAGACAUUCAACUGGAGAAAAUUUUCAUCGCACCAAUUGAUAAAGCUUGUUACUAAGUCACGGUAUAAUCCUUCUCCUUCAGCCAACAAUCGUGGCAUCAUCAGCAAAUUUUAAGAUUGGAACGGUGUUGCUUAAUCUUUGAAUAUCAUUUGUAUAUAUUGCAUACAAUACAGGAGAGAGAACGCAGCCUUGUGGUGCCCCGGUGCUUAUUUCUCUGGUUAGAGAUAAUUGGUUAUUUACUUUGACAUAGUGUGGUCGAUUUGUUAAAAAGUUCAGUAUCCAAGUCUGAAUAUUUAAAUAAUAACAGCGCAUUAAAAAACUGAUAAAGUAUUUUCCUUUUCUUAAAAGUAAAAUUAAUAAAUAUAAUCGAUUGCUUUUUUAAUUGUUAAUAAAACACAUGAAAAUUUUAGCUGUGUAUGUUUAACAUUUAAUACGUUUUUACUUGUUGUUAAUUCAAAAAAUAUACUUUUAUAAUUUUAUAACUUAAUAAAACUUAACCUUUAAAUAUGUGUACAUGUCUUACUAUAUUGAUUUUGGAAAUAUGAAAAAAAUAAUAAUAUGAAGGUAGUUGACACAUGAAAAUCUUGAUUACUAGAGCCCAGGUUUCCAGCCCAAGGGAGCUGACCUCAAAGGGGGCUGCGAAGGGUUGUCUCUGGAGUCACUGGCUGAAACCAUUGAUUAAGAAAAGUCGAUUUUUUUUUUAAAUUGGUAUCUGAACAUUUGAGUUACCAUUUCAAAAAUGCCAUUGAAUUUGCAUGUUAAGUUUAAAAUAUUUUCCUUUCCAACAAUUUACCCUAUUUAAAAGCCCCCCCCCCUUCCAACCCUCCAAAUAUCAUGUAAUGGUAAUGGUCACUUUGCUUCAAUAUGAAUAUGGUUGUGACUUGAAAAUGCUUGAGAAUCUGUGUGCAAGAGCUAUUAAGCUUAGUAAGUCAGCGAAGUUAGUUAAAUUUGAAAUGACAAUCUUUCAUUUGCUAAUUUUUUUUUUUUUAAAGAAAGAAAAUUGUAAACUAAAAGCGUGUAAACGGGAAGUCUUCCCUUUGCUCAAAAUCGCGCUGGAUUCCGGGAUCUCGGGGGAGAAACCCAAAUAACGACCCAGAAAAGUCAAACCCAACUAGGAGCCAUGUAAGAAAAGAUUUAGGCACAAAUAGUUAAAGAAAACGACCCCAAAAAAAAGUGAUAAACUAAUCACUGUAUAAAGAAAUACUUAGACCAUACCAUGAUAACUUCAAAGAUGAUUUGAACUCUAUCAGGGUUUGGCUCACCAAGCAAGACAUUGAAGGAAGUUAAAGUCUCCGUCAACCGCAACACUGUAACUUACUUGACGUUGAAAUACACCCGCCUGGACGGCAAAAGUUCAAAGACCGGACCGUGCUUUGUAAGUCAAGCCAAAGUGACACCAUUUUUUGUUUCACAGAAUUACAUCUCUCAUGGCAACCAUUGUAGCAUUCAAAAACGUCAUUUCCCCCCAUACCCCAAUUCGUCACACCUACAAAGCACAUAGCUGUCGGCUACACAAAUACUCUCAACACCCAAAUACGCACCCACAAGACACGAAGAAAUCAUUACCGUAAACCCUAAACAUUGUGUUCAGCGACAUUGACAUAUAUUGUAUGAUAUGGCGUCAUCAUUUUUCAUAUUUAUUUUUAAAGAGGUAAACAUUUUCAAUGUUGUAUUUUUAUCCCAGAAUGACGGUGGGGCUCCAGUGAUAUGUAACCACAAGAUCAGCGGGGAGUGGAUCACUGUCGGUGUGGUCCUCGCUGUGGGUGUUCCUUGCAGUACUGGGGCCUUUGUGUAAGUAACAUUUUGAAGACAUUUCAUUUUCGUUCUGCUUUCGCUCAUUAACUUAAAGAUUUAUAGAAAGGUACGGGCCAUUCAUCAAUAUAUAAACUUUUGAAAAAGACUUUCUUUUAACACACUAAAAAUAGAAAAUAACUUUCAAAAUCUGUGCAGAAUUAUUUUUUUUUUCAAAUCUUAAUUUAAAAAAAAAAAUUAUGUUUGUUCUACAUUUAAUUAAUUCAAACCAUUUGGCUUCAUACAGUGCCUGAAUACACUUCUGCAAUACUUAUUUUGCAUGCUUUUUUGUAAGAAACUUUAAAUUAUUUUCUUCUUUUUUAUGGCGUUUAAACUCGUCUGUGAAAGAAAGUUUUUUGGUUUUUUUUAAAUGGACAUCAAAAAAUCCAAUCCCUCUGUCCAGUGGAUUUAAUCGGCGUGUCAUCUGGCAUCCACCUUUUUUUUUCAAAAUACUUUAAAUGGGGUUGGCAGUUCAGGUUUGAUCUUGUAACGUCCAAAAAUGUUAAUUUACUUGGUUUGGCCUGGAUGGGUUCUAAAAUUUUUAAUCUUGCAUAUGGCAUGAGCGUCCCAGGUUGAAGGUUACAAGUAAUACUGCUCGGAUUACUUUUAGUUUCAUGACUAACGCUAUGCGGACUUGCAACGUAAGGCUCGGGGGGCCGGCGCUGGCCCGCUAUCUGGGGGAACGCCGGUAUAAACUGAGGGCUGCGGCUAUUCGGACCCGGGUCCGAGAAGUUAAGAGUUUGGGUUUAUUAAAAAAAUAUUUUUAAAAAUUAUUGCAGGGUUUUAAGGCAAAAUGAGGUAUCAAAUGAAAGAUAAUUGAAUGUUCUAUAUGUUUGUAAACUUACUUCUUAAGUUUAACUAAAAUAAACUACCACAAAUGACACCCGAAUAGCAUUCAGUCAAAAUGGAACCGGAAACGCAUCGUCGCUAUUCGGACCCGGGUCCCUUUUGACUCAACGCUAUUCGGAUGUUAUUAGUGGUAGUUAAUUUUAGUUUAACUGAAGAAUUAAGUUUACAAACAUAUAGAAUAGAACAUUCAAUAAUCUUUCAUUUGAUACCUCAUUUUGUCUUACACCUAACAAUAAUAUAUUUUUUUAAAUUUUAAUCCCAACCUCUAACUUCUGGGACCCGGGUCCGAACAGCCACUUCGAUAAACUAACUUUCUUUUCUUCCUCAGAUCACCAACUGUGGCCAAUCUGCUGAAAGAGGCGAGAGUCCAAACUCUUUUCAACGGACUACAGACCUUCAAAUAUAUCUCUCCCUGAAUGACCCCACCCCACAGAGCCUACUCUUUACGGCCAGGUUUGCUUUCGGCUGAGUCCAGAUGUUGGUGGCUGAAAACAUCACGUUUUUGUUUUGAAAGAUGAUUAAACAUAAAAACGAUU